CGAAAGUAUCAUAUGCUGCUAUUGUCAAAAUUCUUUUAUGUCUCGCAAGUUAUAUAGGGAACACCACAAAAUAAAUCAUGCAAACUUAAUUCCUUCAUUUGCCAAAGAGUUUGACUGGUUGUAUUUGCGCAUAGGCUUAGGACAUUACGAGAUGAAUGUUAUUAAAUCCUUCUUCGAACUGAAUUGGACGCCUUAUUUGGAGAGCAUGUGCGAAUUACUCAACUUCACAACGGAUAAUGCAAAGACAUUUGCAAAAACAUGUAAAGAUCAUCACGUGGCGUGGCAACUUUUACUAGUUUUCCACACAACGGCAAUGAAAGAAAUGGUUCUUCCAUUCGUUACAAAAAUGAUUCUUUCUAAAGAAAGCCCAACACCAGAAACGUAUCUUACAUUUUACAAAGAAGUUUUAUCCAACAAUCCUAGGUGGGAAAACCUCCAUCUCCAAGUAUUUAGAUUUUCACGGGCUAUCAUUAACCUCAGAAUGGGUGUCAGGAGAAACAACAGCGACCUUGUACACAGUGCAAAAUUCCACCUGAAGGAACUGUUUUAUGGUAGAUCUCAUCCCCAUUAUCAAAACAUCGAACUGUUUGACACACUUCAAUAUCAUUUUAUGCCAGAUGACGUGCGAAAUAUAUGGGACACUAAUAUAUCAUUUACCGUCAGUGGUCAUCCAUCAAAAGGUCAAGACAUGGAUUUUCUUUUGGAAGAAAAGAAUAGAGCCGUGAAGCAAUUUAUUCCAAGUGGAAGUAUUCCUUCUGAUGAUACAUGGUACUCCGUCUGCUGUAACCUUGAUUACAUAGAGAGUCUUCAGGCAAAAUUUUCCUCAUGGCUUGGUCCCAGAAAGAGUAAUGACCAUUCUUCAAAACAGUUAUGCAUAGAAAAAGCUGUAAACGGAUUUCGACAGUCUCUACGAACAUACCUCGAUCUCUCAAAAGAUGAUUUUGUUUCAAUGAGCGGCGAAAAAUUACAUUCAGAUUUAAAUAUUUUUUUAGAAACGUCAACGUCUAAGCGCAUGAAUUGGAUUAAUACCACUGUUUUGGAACAGGAACCAAGUCCCCACAUUAAUCAGUGUGAGCCAGUUUAUAUUACAGAAGAAGAACAAGCUGGUCACCUUAUCAAAAUUCCAAAGCCAGAGAUUGUCAAAAAAAUUAAGAAAAAAAUCAUUAAUGAAAUUUCAGAUGAAGCUCUGCAAACUCAUUAUACAAGAGUACUUGAUUGUCUUGAUGAGGACAAAAUGAAGAAAGACAUUUUUUUGACCCUGUUACUUGAAAUCCAGGAUGUCGUGCUGAGCACUGAUACAGUUGUCUCUGACGAUGAUUUAUAGACCAAUUAUAAUAGUUGUAUGAAGACAGUUUUACACCAUAUGAUAGCAUAUUUAUUUUUAUCUUUUAAAACCUUUUUAAGUUUAACGUAUAUUCGUAGUUUGAUCAUUUAUUGGAAAUGAACAAAUGUCCUAUUACUAUAGGUAAUUAGAAUUUUCAGUUGUGAAAUUCAAAAUUCGCUGAAUGCAGAUAGAAUUUAUAAAUAACAAUUUUAAUUGGAUAGACUAACAUGUAUUUGACAUGUUUGAAUUGUUAUAAGAAUUUGUAUACGAUGUAAAAGAAUGCAAGAAAGUAAUUGUUAAAUGAAGUCCCAUAAAUAUCCAAAAAAAAAAACAUGAAUACAGACUGCAAUGAGACGGAAAUGAUACCACGACUUCAAUAUUUUAUUUACCAAAUGGAUCUAAAACAUGUUAAAAUGAAGUAAAACAUUACAUUUCAAGGUAAAAAAACGUAUAUCGCACAUUAUCAUACUCGAGUUUAAUGCAACCCACACUGUCAUCUAAUUAAAAAGUGUUUGUUUUUAAUUGUUUAAUUCUGUAAACUUUAAACUUUCGAAAAAAAAAAAUCAUUGUUAUUCUUAUGUUUACGUUUUUUUUUUCGAUAUACUGGUAGAAAUUAAGAAGGGGAUGGGUCUAUAAGUUUACAAAAAAUAGUGUAUCUCCACCAUAUAUUCAUAUGCCAUUCCCAAGGAUGAAGUUUUGUCAAUGAUUGUGCAUAUUUUGCAUAAUGAAGUUCAGAUAAAUAUAAGUUAAUACUUUCGUUUUUAUAUAUUUAUGCAUAUAUAUCAUGUUUAUUUCUAUAAAAUAUGUGCAUUCACUGCACGUGGACUUUGUAUAUCUCGACAUUUGCUCAAACUCUAUCUCCAGUAAUAAACGGUGUUUAACAUAAUUUCUUUUCCUUAUUAAAAGCACUAAUUUGUGUUAAUUUCUAUAAAAAAUAGUAAGAAAUUAAACAAUAUAAGCCACCUGGUUGCACGAAGUUCUAAAAUGUUGGUCAAUAUUAUAGUUUCAACUACAAUAUAAACUUCUAUUCGCUUCUUUUUUAAUAAUAAAACAAAAUAAUAAAUAAAAUGCAUCAUCUUUUUUUGCUGAACAAUGUAAGCACAUAUAAAUUAUUUGGUAUUAUUGUUGUCACUUUGCUUUAUACUUUAAGAGGAUCAAGAUAUUUUCAUUAUGAACCAAACAACAUAAGCAUUUUUUUCUGUUCUGACAAAUAUAUAUUAUUAGUCUUUUCUUUUUGCAGUGUUGAAAAAUCUCGGGUCUGCGAGAAAAAAGGAUAUCUCACUGAAGAAGAAGAGAUGCAAGCAAAAGUAUCAAACGAAAGAAGAAUAAAGAGUGAAGCUAUGAAACAAAUAACGAAACAGCUCACUCGGCUACGUGAGCUAGAACUUGAGCCUGUUUCGUUUAUGUUUCUUGUCAAGGACGAAAAGACAAGGGUUAGACGAUCCCGUCCAAGAUAUAUUGGAAAAGGCGCGCUGUAUCACAAAUUUAAAAAUGUACAGUCACUGCUGACAAAAGAGGAAUUGGCGAGAGCAAAGACAUUAGAAAACUAUUAUCCCUCCAGGGAUGACGUAAGGCAGGAUGUUCCAAUGAUAACGCCUUCAAAGUUACAUUUUGGGCCCGGGCAUAGUAAACAGCUUGCCGAAACACAGAAGAAGGCCCUUGAAGGAGCAAGCACAUCACUGGAAACUUCAGAAACUUUUACUAUCUGUGUCGAUUCGCCAUUACAGAACAUUCGUAAUAGAACGAAGAAGCCAAACGCCCAGAAAGCUCACAAGGAAACAUCGCGCAGUACGAAGGCUAAUGGAAAACUAAAAAAAGCAUUAGUACAAAAAGAAAGCAAAAGUGAGGAAACACAAUUAAGUAACAAAGGACUACAGAAGAUUAUCCAGAUUGAAGAUGGUUCAACAGAUACAGAUGAAAUUGAAGGUGUUGUUCCUUUUGAUGAUAAUAGAGAUCAGACAGAAGAUGAAAGUGCUAAUCUUACUCCGUAUGAAUUGUUUCGACAGGAAAAUAUCAAAGACAACGAACAAUUCUUGCAAAAUCUGAAUUUUGUUAAUACAUUGAAGAAAAAACAGAAGCCACGAAAAACCUAUUUGCCUAGGAAUAAGAUGACAGCUAAAAGCAGCACAACUAUUGCUGUGCUCCAACCAGGUCUUCACGAAGAUAAUGAUGGAAAUCUAGAAAAAAGUAAUUCUGACAUUGAUUUUCCAUGUGUCAGUCCUGCCACUAGUAUUACAGAUGUUAUAGAUAAAAAUGUAUGGAUUGCUGUUGCUUUUGAGAAUACCUGGUACCCAGGUCUUGUAGAUAGUAUUGAAGCAGAUGGAUUACUUGUAAACUUCAUGCAUCCUUGUCUUUUAGAAAGAAAUAAGUUUCAAUGGCCAAGAAAGUCAGAUACAAUGAAAGUGGAAAAGAAGUUUGUGUUGUUUGUAUGUUUACCCCCUAAACGUUUUCAACGGGUCGAAAAGUUUUGUUUUGAAGGGUACGAACUUAUUUUGAAAUUAUAUUUAGAUUUCAAAAAAACAUAUUUUUGAAUAAAUGUAUUGAUCAGAUGAAGUUACUGGCUUACUGUUAAAAUUGCAGUAUCGCAUAUAUGUGUAUGCACUUUAAGAACCAAAGUAUUCUAUAUGUCAAAACAAGUUUAGAUACAACAAUCCAUUGUGUAGUAAAAUUGCUAACCCUAGUUAUUUUUCAAAGAGCAUUGACUUGAAUAUACACAGCAGGUUGAACUUUGCAUAUGACCAGUAUUUUGUAGCAAGUAUGUUUUUGUUAUUAUAUUAAGGUGAUUAUCCUGAUUAUAAACAUAAAUUGUCUUUUAAAUUUUAUAUGUCUUGAAGCGCCAAAACUGGCAUUCUUUGACUUAUGUAAAUAUCGCAAAAGUUAUCAUUUGUAAAUCAAUCAUCGUCAAUUCAUGUGACUAAUGUCAAAGUUGCGUUUUAGCUUUUUAUGUGUUUUUAUACAUGUAUAUUCUUUAAAUAGUUUUUUAUGCAUGUCGAAUGGUUAUUUUACCUAUUAAACCUUCUUGAAUAAAGCUUUUACGAUGUGUGUAUGAGUAGUUUAUAAUUAAGUCGUGUGCUGUUAACAUGUUUAAAAUUUUUUUUAGAAUAAGUUAACAUGAAUAAUUUGUAUAUUAUAUAAGAGUUAUCUAUUUUUCUAGUAGGUAUUCCAUGGUUUAAGAUUUGAAAAUUCAUACAAAUAUUUUAUCGUUUUAAUUUUACGUUAUAUUUCCGACAAAAAUAUUGUACUAAAGUUUGGUUCAAAAAUACUAUUUUUAUAUAAUAUUUAGGUUUUUAUAGUCCUACUAAUUUGCAAAGAAACAUCUAAAAUUGUGAUAUUAAUAAAUUUAAUUUAAUAUGUCCAAAUAUUUUAUGUGGUUUUUUUAUAUACAUGUGAUGAAUAAGAAUGCACACUUGUUUAUUUAUUUAGAAGUGUUUAUUUUUGCUUCUAAGAUGAUCACAAUUGUUAGUUUUUUUGAUAUAAUAAUAAAAAAUAUUUCAUAA